UUCAUAUCGGGAAGCACUAGUGCACCUAAAGCUGUUCUUCUGAUCUAUACUGCAAUUUGUUCCUGCCUAAGAUACCGUGGCAAAUCAUUGCAAAUUGGAGUAAAUAGUCCUGCUUAUCAGUAUGCCGCAUAUACAUUUGACAUGAGUAUCUACGGCACCUUCGCUACCCUCAAUCUCGAAGGGACUGUGUGCAUACCAUCCUGUCAUCCCCGGACCCAUCAAAUUGACGAAUUCGUGAAGACUCUUCGCGCCAACUGGGCCUUCUUUACGCCGACUCUCAUAAGUACACUCCACCCUAGCGAAAUCCCAGGUAUGCAGACUGUAUUUAUAAGCAGUGCAAUUGCCACGACCAAAAGGUUGACCUUUUGCUCCGGCUUCAAAAUAUUCUUAGCUAGCGAGCCG